AUGGCCAACAAAGCGUCCCUCAAGCCGGCCGAGGACUUUAUCGAGUUCGUCAACGCCUCUCCAACGCCCUUCCACGCUGUACACACGGCCAAGCAACGUCUUGAGGCCGCUGGCUACAAGCAGAUCAAGGAGCGUGAUCCUUGGGCUUCCACUCUCGUUCCUGGUGGAAAAUACUACCUCACCCGCAACUCGUCCACCAUCAUCGCCUUCGCUGUCGGUAACAAAUGGAAGCCUGGAAACCCCAUCGCCAUGGUUGGUGCUCAUACCGAUUCAUGCUGUCUCCGACUCAAGCCCGUUUCGAAGCGUCAGUCCGAGGGCUUCAUUCAGAUUGGUGUUGAAGCAUAUGGAGGUGGUCAUUGGGCUACUUGGUUUGACCGCGAUCUCUCAUUUGCCGGUCGCGUCAUGUGCAAGCGUGCUGAUGGUGGAAUGGAACAAAAGCUGGUCAAGGUCGACCGUCCCAUUUGUCGCAUCCCCAACUUGGCUGUCCACUUCGGUGGCUCGGUCCCUUUUGAGUUCAACAAGGAGAAUCAGCUCUUUCCUAUCGCAGGACUGGUCGAGGCCGAGCUGAACAGACAGGGCAAGACGCCUGAAGAUGCCAAAAAAGAGAAGGACCAAGACUCAGACAACGCCGAUUUCAACCCUCUGAAGGCCCCGACUGAAAGACACCACCCCUAUGUCAUCGAGAUCCUUGCCGAAGAGGCAGGUGUCAAGCCCGAAGAUAUCCUGGACUUCGAGGUCGUUCUCUAUGAUACUCAGAAGUCAUGCCUUGGAGGUCUCAACAACGAGCUUAUCUUCUCCGCUCGCCUGGACAACCUCAUGAUGACCUAUUGCGCCGUUCAGGGUUUGAUCAACUCCACAUCAUCUCAAGGCAAACCUCUGACCGACGAGAACACGAUUCGUCUUAUUGCAUGCUUCGACCAUGAGGAAAUUGGUAGCACAUCAGCACAAGGCGCUGAUAGCAACAUAUUGCCAUCGGUACUUCGUCGCCUGUCGGUCCUUCCUUCUUCUCAAGAAACCGAGAGCGACAGCUCUUACGACCGCACUGAUCACCCCACUCACAAAGAUGCCGACACGAGCACUGCAUUCGAGCAAUCUCUGUCGAGCAGUUUCCUCAUUAGUGCGGACAUGGCCCACAGUGUCAACCCCAAUUACAGUGGCAAGUACGAGAGCGAACACAAGCCUCAGAUGAACAAGGGUACCGUCAUCAAGAUCAAUGCCAACGUGCGUUACGCGACCAACUCGCCUGGUAUUGUGCUAUUGCAAGAGCUUGCAAAGAGAGCAAAGAAGAGCAGCGGCGAUGUUCGCCCGAGCGGUCAGGGAGUGCCGCUGCAGAUGUUUGUUGUUCGUAACGACAUGCCCUGUGGAAGCACAAUAGGACCUAUGCUCUCGGCCAACACAGGAGUGAGAACGCUGGAUCUUGGAAACGCACAGCUUUCGAUGCACAGUAUUCGUGAGACUGGUGGAGCCUACGAUGUCGAGUACGCGAUUAAUCUGUUUGAGAGUUUCUUUGAGCACUACGGGGAGUUGGAGAACAAGGUGUUUGUCGAUUAGAUACGAUAUGUGAGAUAGCAGAUAACAACUUGGCUCGGUUGUGGAUGAUGGUGGAGGUUCAAGAUUCGUAAAUUGCAUAAAUUCAAGCAAAAUGAGCAUUGGUGUCACAUGAAAGUUGCUGAUUCAAGAAUGCAGGUGGCUUGGAUGAUGUGCGGAGGGGCUGGAGAAGUGAAGGGGCGUGCGAGAGACCCUUGACGAUUCACUCGGACAACGACGGUGCUAAGGUUGGUAGGGUUUUGCUUUUCUGCCGAAGCAAAAGUCAUUGGAUCUCUUGCAAGGUAUUGUUCUCAUGCGUAACUAGAAGCUAGCGAUUGUUCAGACGUCAGCUUGCCCUCGAUUCGCUUGGAAUUCG